GGCUCAACUGGAUUUUUCAUACCAUUUAUCUCACUUACCUGCCCUGUUGAGUCAUUUUGUCUGCGUCCGGCUCCACAGACGGUUCACAGCACAACUCAUCAUGAUGCCCAAGGCUCUUCUGGUCACCCUUCUGAUUGGCGUUGCCAUGGCAACUCUCGACCUCGAUGUCCCGGAUGUGAAGCUGGGACAGGCUGUCGAGAAGCGAGGGCAGGUGACGGUGGAAAUCAGCGAUGGUAUUGAAGACAAAUCCUCGGUGCCGAAGUCACAGUGCCUGCCUUGCAGCAAGGAAAGCGAUUGCGAAGCAGAUGUAACCUUCUGUAAUGACGGCCGAUGUGAAGAUUUUAGCCACGACUGUACCUGUGAGGGAGACCACUGUAAGGUGACGGACAUGUGGGAGAAGUAGACCAGAGCUGCGGCAACAGCCGGGGUCAACACACGACGGCCUGGUUAUGCCUGACACGAAGAUAUCUCAUAAUCAUACAUAAUCAUUUACUGAACGUUUUCGUCUCACGGCGAGGCUGAUUUGAAUAAAGAUUUCGUGCAGGAGA